AUUUUGAUGUUUCGAGCAGCUGCAGGUGUGUACAGUAAAUAUAUUUUUUAUUGUGCAGGCGAGCGUGAGCUGGUUUUUAGUCCCAUGUCGUCACGGUUCACCAAACUGCAGUGGGCCCCCGUGAACCAUCUCCGCGCGUUCCCCGCUGAAGAUGUCUUCGGCCGAGCAGAAGGAAACCUUCAGUUUGCUCAACAAGUUUGAGAAACUGUCAUGGAGGCCCUUCAUCCGAGACUCAGGCUCCAAGAAACGAGCGCGAUGGCUUCAGGCACGACGCAUCUUUUCCCCAACCUGUCCCAGCCUGCGCAUCCCCAACCGGUUUCUGAGAGAGGGGCACUGUAUCCCACCUGCUCGCAGUGGGCACCGCUGCGUUGCAGACAGCAGCAACUUGUAUGUUUUUGGAGGUUACAAUCCGGACUUUGAAGAGGCAGGCGGGUCUGAGAAUGAGGACUACCCUCUUUUCAGGGAGCUUUGGCGGUAUCAUUUUGCCACGGCCACUUGGCAGCAAGUCCGCACGGAAGGAUAUAUGCCCACAGAGCUGGCCUCCAUGUCGGCUGUCAUACAUGGAAACAAUCUUCUGGUGUUUGGUGGCACAGGGAUCCCUUUUGGUGAAAACAAUAGCAAUGAUGUUCAUGUCUGCAAUGUUCAGUAUCGACGAUGGAACUUGCUCAACUGUAGAGGGAACAAACCCAACAAGAUUUAUGGGCAGGCGAUGGCCAUUAUAAACGGUUAUCUUUACGUGUUUGGAGGGACGACAGGCUACCUUUACAGCACUGACCUGCACAGGCUGGACCUAACCACCAAAGAGUGGACCCAUCUCAAACCCAACAACACACCUUCAGAUCUACCUGAAGAGAGGUACAGGCAUGAGCUGGCUCAUGAUGGACAGAGAAUAUACAUUUUAGGAGGUGGGACUUCCUGGACAUCAUACUCACUGGACAAAAUUCAUGCAUAUAACUUGGAGACCAAUUAUUGGGAGGAAAUGGUCACUAAACCCCAUGAAAAAAUAGGAUAUCCUGCUUCUCGCCGCUGUCACAGCUGUGUGCAGGUCAAAGACGAGGUGUUUAUAUGCGGCGGUUAUAAUGGAGAAAGUAUCCUGUCGGACCUGUGGAGGCUGAACCUGCGCACUUUUCAGUGGAUGAAGCUUCCUGCUGUCAUGCCUGAACCCGCGUACUUUCACUGUGCAGCAGUCACUCCGGCCGGCUGCAUGUACGUCCACGGUGGUGUUGUCAACAUUUCUGGUAACCGAAGAACCGCCUCUUUGUAUAAAGUGUGGCUGGUGGUGCCCAGCCUGCUGGAACUGACCUGGGAGAAGCUGCUGAAGAUGUUCCCUCACUUAACGCAGCUGUCCACGCUUCAGCUGCUCAGCCUGGGACUGACCCACACUUUCAUCCAGAGGCUCAAAUUGACUCAAGGCAAAGGCUGACUGAAGCAGCUGAAGCCUCGCAGGCCAAAGGUUGUAAUGCAGAGCAGAAAUGGCUGGGGGAAAAAAAACAUUUUUAACUUAAAAAAAAAAUUAAGUGAUAAUGUUAUGAGUUAGUCAUGCUGCAGCCAACAGGGUGCUGAUUUCAACCUCAAUGCACUUCAGACACUUUUCCUGAGUUUGGGACUUCCAACGUGCAUGUCGGUUUAUGUCGUCACAGGAGUAAAGGAGCAUGGGAAAUCAUCCGCUAAAAAGCUAACAGUUCUUCAGGUAAAUUCAUUUUGGCUUGUGAAAAUGGCUUUUUGCGGUUUUGGAGAUGGAACUUUUCCUCACUGUCGUUGCAUCUUAUAUGAUGGGGGGGGGGGGUUGGCCUUUACUUUUUGUGUAAAACACUUUACGUGUUUGAUUUUGAGAGAAAACCCCCAAAUAAAUUGCAGUACUUUUUAUGAGGUCAAUAUUCAAAACUUUAUUUAAAAACAGUUUUUAAUCCUAAUGUUUUUGCAGUUCUGUUUAUCAAAUUGGAAGUCCUGACUUACUUUGCUCUUUACCACUGUGAAACUUUAUUUGGGAAUGUUUCCAUAUUUGACCAAAGUGGUUUUUAAGUUUCAACAUUUUUUGUGCCUUGUGAUUUUUUUUUUUUUCUUAAUUUCUUUUCAAACAAGAGUUAAACAGCUGACUCUUGUCUGAAUUGCGUUAACAUUUAAAGCAUUUUUUCCAGACUUGUACUUUAUAUAUAUAUAUUUUUUAAAGACUGUACUGUCUUCAGCUGAUAUAUUUAUUCAAUUCACCUUUAUUUUGGACUUUAUGCCUGAACUCCACUUAAACCUUCAAACUCCAUGACACACAUUAAGUGCUAUUAUUAUUUCCACAGGUUUCUAGAGAUUUCUGCCUCUAAAGAAGUUGUGUAAGAUGUACUCGGGAUGCUACACACUGUGAUAAAGAGCUCCACUAUUAGGACACAAAAGCUUUUUUUCUUAAAAGAAUACAUGCAGUUACUGAAAAUCUUAAAUUACUGUGGAUACUUCCUUUUCACCAGCUGUUAUGUGCGCUUUCCAGAUAUCAAUGGUUUUAACCAAGUGCUUUUCUUUUAAACACCUUUUUGAUAUUUUAUGCCUUUAUCUGUUUAAAUAGAAAACUAUUCUGCUGGAUACAUGAAUACAAACUGACGUUUAAGGUCAUGUGCAUGUUACACUGUGCAUGUCAUUUCAUUUCAAUGUUCAGGAGACAAAGAUCUCUGUCAAAGAAGCAAAUAAGGUUGCACUGUUUUUGUAAUUAUAUUUGUCUGUGUAAACAAUAAAAACGCAGACGACCCAU